CUGACCGAAUCUGGGAUCGCUGCCCCUUCACCACGAUCCUAUGUGUAUCCCGAGAAAAAUUACCCAUUGAGAGAAUGCUUCUACAAUCCUUCCGGUUAUGCUUGUUGUAAUCGAACUCUCAACGAUGAGAUUGUUCGAACAUUUGAGCCGGGCUUCAAUCUGUGCAAUACUCAGAAGAUUGCCAACGCAUUGCAAACAAAUGCUGCUCGUAGGUUCAAAGUGCAGUUUGAAGCUAUUGUUGGUCUGGCCGACUACGCCCAGCGUGUGAACUUUGGUGGAGAUCUGGUAUGCAAAGUGGAACUUGCAGGAAGGUACAUGCUCGUCUACGCAACUCCCACACGUGGUGGUAAUAGGGUGAAACGCGAUCUGAGCGGUACGGUAGUCGUGGACGAGAGUACUAUGGCUCUUUGA